AUGUUACGCACUUCGCAGAACGUAUACACUUUUUCAUCAGUAGACACUUUGCUUUUCACCCCUUUUCACCUUUUUUUCACUUCUGCGUUCACAACAGUUCUUCCUUUUUUUGCCCUUUCUCGCCACAUUCAUUUUUCUUUCUUUCUUUCUUUCUUUCUUUCUUUCUUUCUUUCUUCUAGAUUCCAGUUUUUCUUUCUUUCUUUCUUUCUUUCUUUCUUUCUUAUGAUACAUUGCCGUCUUCUUUCUUUCUUUCGUGUACAUUCAAGUAUUUUUCUUUCAUUCUUUCUUUCUUUCUUUCUUUCUUUCUUUCUUUCUUUCCUUUUUUCUUUCAUUCUUUCUUUCUUUCUUUCUACUAGAUUUAAUAUUUUUCUUUCUUUCUUUCCUUCUUUUUUCAUUGGGUCUUUCUUUAUGCACACUCUCGGCUUUCUUUUUUUUCUUUCUUUCUUUCUUUCUUCUCUUCUCUUUCUUUCUUUCUUUCUUUCUUUCUUUCUUUCUUUCUUUCUUUCUUAUAGAUCCCGCUUUUAUUCGAGUCUUUCUUUCUUUCUUUCAUUCUUUCUUUCUUUCUUUCUUUCUUUCUUUCUUUCUUUCUUUCUUUCUUUCUUUCUUUCUUUCUUUCUUUCUUUUGAUACAUUGCCGUCAUUUUUCAUUUCUUUCUUUCAAUAUGGGCAUUGGCAUAAAACCAUCUAUCUAUCUAUCUAUUAUCUUUUUAUCAUAUUUAAUCACAAAAUUAUCUAUCUAUCCAAUCCGUCUUUUUCAGAAUCUGGAUUUUUUUUUUUUCUAUUUAUCCAUCUAUCUAUCUAUUUAUCUAUUACAUACAUGUUUUGUUUCAUUAAAUAUCUAUUGACUAUCUAUCUCAGUGUGUAUAUUAUCUAUUUUAGUUUACAUAUCUAUCUAUCUAUCUAUCUAUCUAUCUAUCUAUCUAUCUAUCUGUUGAGUGCUUUCUCUUCACCGAGUAGACUCAACACGUGGCUCCCUAGAAGUAAUGAAUGUACGUGGGGACCGGAGUUCGACGUGAUAAAACGAUGCUUCAGCAGUGAAGCCAAAGCGUGA